CAGCUAGAGAGAGAAAAGACUACACUGUACAACAGAAGCUGAAGAGAACAUGAAGACUACUGGGAAGAUGUUUAGGAGCCAUAAAUGUUUACAGUUUAAACUGACUAUGAAAAAUGUUUAGAAUGUAAUGCGAAACUGAACUUGAAUGCUUGUACAUGUUUUCAGUUGAACAUGAAAAACGGUGAUUAAAGAAAAGUUGCAAUGACAAAUAUUAAAAUGAUUUAUUCUUGUUUUAUCAAGAUCUUUUUAACUUUUGCAUCUAUCUGUUAGUUUGGCUUUAUAACUGGUUAAAAACAGAAAUAACUGUUGAGAAUUGUCAGAAUGUGCAUAAAAAUUGCUGCUGGAGCUGAUGUGUUGCUGACUCUCCUCCUCUGUCUCCUCUCACAGGGAGAAGAUGAUCUGCAGGAUCCUGCUGCUCAUCAUCCUCAACUCAUGUCUCUGUGCAGCAGCAUUUGUAGUGAAUGUGACACAGAGCUCCUAUCAGGCAGAGGAGAACCACAGCAUCACUCUGGAGUGGACCUUCACCACCACACCUGAUGGAUCCUGGAGAGAUCUGUUCAUCUACUGCAGCUUGUUAACUCCUAGGAAAGAAUUAGUCCUGUAUCGGGUCCAUAAUGGUGUUGAGGUGUCAGAGUCUCAGGAUGAACAGUUUUCAGGACGAGUCCAGAGUGACAAAGACGUCCUCAGAGAAGGACGAAUCAGACUCCAUGUGUCCAGACUGAGGACUGAAGACUCUGGACAGUAUUACUGUGGUGUGAAGACUGAUGGUGGUUCUGGUUCUGCAGGGACCAGCAUCACAGUCUCUGGUGAGUUCACUCAGUAGGUCAUGUUGUCAUUUCAUGAUGAUAAAUUAAUGUUAUCUACACCACAGACAUGGAAUCAUCUAGUGACAGUAUCUCAG